AUGUGGUGCCUCCUCAUGAUGCUCUGCUCUCAAGGAAUUGGAUUCACAACACCCUCCGCUCUGAACUCAGACAAAAGCCAGUUCAGGAAGCCUCGUAACCCUGAAUCCUUUAUGAAUGUUAGUGAAAUUAUCAGAUAUCAUGGAUACCCCAGUGAGGAAUAUGAAGUUACCACAGAGGAUGGGUAAAUUCUUGGUGUAAAUGCUGGGAGGAACAGCCAAAGUACAGGGAAAAAGCCCGCAAUCUUGCUACACCAUGGUACUUUAGGAGAUUCUAUUCACUGGAUUUCUAACCUGCCCAACAACAGCUUGGGCUUCAUCCUCGCAGAUGCUGGCUAUGACGUCUGGUUGGGAAACAGCCGAGGGAACACCUGGUCUUUAAAACACAAGACCCUUAAGCCCUGCCAGAAAGAGUUUUGGCAGUUCAGCUUUGAUGAGAUAGGUAAAUAUGAUGUUCGAGGAGAGCUGUACUUCAUCAUGAAUAAAACUGGACAGAAGGAUGUAUAUUUUGUUGGUCACUCAGAGGCUGCAACUGCAGGCUUUGUAGCAUUUUCUACUUAUCCUGAGUUGGCUCAAAGGGUUAAAGUGUUCUUCGCUUUGGGACCAGUAGUCACAACUACAUAUGGUACCAGCCCUCUGGUAACACUUACACGUCUCCCCCAGUUACUGAUCAGGUUACUGAUUGGCUUCAAAGGAAUUCUUCACCAGAAUGAGCUGCUGAAACGGCCUCUAGUACGGAUCUGUGAAUCUCUGGGAAAACUUUGUGGCAGUGCCUUAGGCUACAUAGCUGGGGACAAGGUACAGAAUGUGAACACGAGUCGAGUAGAUGUAUAUGUAGGACAUUACCCUGCUGGAACAUCAACACAGAACGUUAUUCACUGGCAUCAGGUAAUACGUGCAGACCAAUUGCAAGCUUAUGACUAUGGCUCUAAGGAAAACAUGAAGAGAUACAACCAGGUUACUCCUCCUGUGUACAAGAUAGAGGAAAUAAGCAUGCCAAUUGCUGUCUGGAGCGGUGGACGGGACAAAUUUGCAGAUCCAAAAGACACGGCAAAGCUGCUCCCUCGGAUUAAAAAUCUCAUUUAUCAUGAGCAUUUUCCUUCUUGGGGUCAUCUUAGUUUCAUCUGGGGUCUUGAUGCACCUCAGAAAAUGUAUCAGAAAAUCAUUGAACUGCUAGCAAAACAUCCUUAA